UCCAACAAUUUGUAAACAGGUUCUCAGCUCUGGAAAAACCAUGUAAUGUCUGGACUUGGAUUUCCAUUCUUCACGACAAAUAACCAACAUUUCUGCCUAUCACAUCGGUAUAUUUUAAUAUUGUGAUGACCUAAAUCAUUGUAUCUAAGUAUAUUUCAAAUAAAAAUAAUUGAGGUAGGCCUAGCUGAGUCCAAAAUGCAAGAAGGUUUAAGCGAACAUUGCAUGCUAAGUGGCGAUUGCCCGGAUGAGGGCUGCCAAACCAAGCUGUAUUUUCCAUCUUACGAUAAGAGCAUAGAAUGUACAAAUUGUGGACAGCGCCAUGUGAGAGAGGCUUUGCAAAAUAUCCAGGAAGUCACCAACAUGGAACUAGCAUUUGAGAAAAUGGUUCAUAAGCUUUUGGUAGGAAGUCUGACACCAAAGAAGACCACAGAUUCAGUAAAAGUUUUAGGACUAUCGAACUAUCAGUGCAAGUUGCUGAGUCCAUUGCUUACCUAUAAUGGAAUGGAUAAGCAAGGUAAAGCUAAGCCGCUGGAGAAUCUGAAUAAAGGCAAAGUCUUUGAUUGUGCCAUUUUUGGAGACCGUGCAUUCCUGAUCAAUCCAGACCAUAUUGACAUCAUGGGUUUUGGCCGCGACCAAACUGGCGGUGCCACUUACCUACAAGAAACGCUUGAUGUUAUCAAGCGACAAAACAAUGACACCGAAGUACUGAUACCAGUCCAUGCUGAUGGCGAUGGUCACUGCCUAGUUCAUGGUGUAUCACGAGCUCUGAUUGGUCGAGAACUUUUUUGGCACGCUCUUCGUACUAACCUUAAAAAUCAUCUGGUUGACAAUCUCGAUAAGUACCAGAUGCAGUUUCAGGAUUUUUUUAGCGAGUCUGAUUGGGAUGCUUUUAUCAGAGAGUGUGAUCCAGAUUUUGUACCUGGACCAGAUGAGGUGUUAGGUCUUCGCAAUCUACAUGUUUUCGGACUUGCAAAUGUUCUCCAUCGUCCAAUCAUUUUAUUGGAUUCUCUAGAAGGUCUUCAUAGUGCUGGAGAGUGUUCUGGCGUGUUUCUACCAAUCUUUCAUGAAACUGCCGCAUGUUCAACUAAAGGGAUUUUGAAUAAGCCUCUAUGCAUUGCCUGGAGCAGUUCCGCAAGGAAUCACUUCAUUGCCCUCGUCGGGGUUAAAGGGCGCCCUCUACCAAAACUUCCCCGUUGGAUGCUUAAGAAAGCAUGGGGUGUGUCUGCAGACUAUAUUGACCAAUACAUUGAUUUUGAUGAGUCUAAUAUGUGUACUAUUGGAGGAGAGAGGACCUUACCCGAGAAAUAUGUGAGAAAGCUGGCAACAGCAAUGGAAGAGCUGUUUCUAGAAAUUCACAAGAUACAUCCUUCACUGGUGGCAGAUGUACAUGAUCAUAUCUAUAAGCGAACAGGAAUUAUUGGAGUCAAACAGGAGAAGAUUAUUGAAACGACAAAGCUGUCGGUGGAAACCGGACGUUUGUACAGGUGUCUAACGUGCAACGCGGUGUCGGAAUCUAACGGUCGCGAUCCAAAGAUUUUUAAGCCGGGGGGAGAGCUCUAUGACCUAGCUGAAAGUCUGCAUGGCAAGCUUCAGGUUGAUAAGAGAUAUUCUUUCCUUCUUAAUGGUUUGAUUUGUACAUAUGAUGAAGAGAACGAUGAACUUGUCCCUGAGGAUUCCAGUGAGAGUGGCCAUCAAUGUCCUAUGUGCCGAGGAAAUGUUGUCCGUUUAGUAAAUGCUGAUGGAUCCGUAGUAUAUCAAAAUGGAGACCGAACAUUAACCGUAUCCAACAGCACCAAGUGCACGUGCGGUUUUAAGCACUUCUGGGAAGGGCGUGAAUACGACAACCAUCCGUAUUGUUUUUCAGUUGACUUUUCUUGGAAAGGACAGAAGAUUGAAGAGACUGUUGCCUGGUUUCAGGAUGAAAGUGAUCCCUCCCUUAAUAGCAAUGCAUUCCAAAUUGCAACUAGCCUUGUGCAGAAAUAUUUCCCUGGUGAAUUUGGUUCUGAAAAUGUUGUACAGAAUUUAGUAGCUUCAAUAUUGCAGAAUACUGCAAAGAGGGAACAAGAAUCGGCACCCAUAUCACUAUCAGACAUGCCUUGUGCAACAGAAGGUGAGCAGACUUCAGGCCAAGCACACCAAGACCAAGCCUCAUCAUCCCCGAGUUCCAAAGCAUCCAAACCAUCUGAACAGAAACAUAGACACUCAUCUGGAGAGGGCGCCCUCUCUCCAAGGAAAGAAAUGUUAAAAUUCGAGCAAGACACUGCUUCUAAGAUUAUUUUAACAGGUCAAAAGAAAAAGACACUUCACAAAGAAGAGCUCACCAUGAGCGAGGCAGAGCAGUCCUUGCAAAAAACAAUCACAUGCAAUGCAGAAAAGCAGCAAUCCAAAGCCAGUUCCACGACCAAACGUCAGAGCACACACGACAGCCAGCAUCAAGUGUUCCCGAAGAAAGCAGACACCAAGCAAUCCGAGGAAAGAACUACAAAGAAUGAUUCUACCCAAUCAAAGUCCAUUGAUAUGGAGAGCUCAGACAACGUGAAGGACACCCUCAUGACCAGUGACGGAACCACAACAAAAAGCGAUCUCGAACAAGGAGCACGCAAAAAGGUUCCAAUGAACAAAAUUCGCCUAACCUCAGAUGGCGUACAGACAACAUUAACCAUAGCAACUACCACCACUUUCCACCAGUUUCAGCAACACAUAGAGGACGCUCUUCACAUACCUGCACCACAGCAGAGAAUCAAAUAUGGUUAUCCACCGAAGGAAAUGAAGCCACCGCAAGAGGGCGCUGAACAAGUUCCUCUUUCAUUGCAAAAUGGAGACAGAGUAAUGGUUGAAAUUAUAAAAGGUUCAGCCAUCUUUAAAGAGGUAAUAGAACCAGCAGAGCACCCUAUGGAGACAGAGUCUGAACCGAGUCAGGAUAUAGCGCAUAUCACCUUGGCUAACACCAUGCUACAGAAGCUUCAGCAGUCUGCAGCCGAUGACAUUGAUAUACAGGUAUCGUCCCUGGCAUUGAUGGCAACCUUAUUGGAACAGGACUUGUGGGAUUACGUUCAAACUCGACCAGAACUGUUUCAGAAGGAUGGACUUUAUUAUAAAUUGAUGGAAAGGGAUCUUGGAUUGGUCGACAAAAAGCACUUCACUUUACCAAGCAUAAAUAAUAAGAAAUUUGUUUACAAUGAGGAAGAAGAUCAAGUAGAAAUCUGUUUGGAACCCAUCGGACAUUUUGCCAUCACAUCCGGAGUCGAUGACCCACAAAGGCUGGCGAAACUUAUGCAAGAGAGUCUUUCCACCACGUCUGAAAAUCAGAAAUUUGACAAACCACAGCUCCUGAUUGGAGGAAGUGGAAUGGUGAGUUCCAGCCAAUCACAUUCCAGGUAUGUUGCAUUUGGUGGCCAUGGCCACACUCUAGCGUCCACAUCUGAAGAUAUCAGAAAUGAUACGUUGGAUGAUCUGCCUACUGGUGCGGAAGAAGAAGUACCGAAAAACGAAUCUGAAACAAUUGCGGUGGAAAGAAAACCUGGAAAAAAUGAUAACGUAGAGAAUGAGAAUAUGGAUACUGGAUGCGGGUCACCGGCUCCGGGGUCACCAGUACCAAUGGACCAAUCAAAUAGUUGGUGCGAUCAGGAGGACCAAAACUAUCUUAAACCUAAAAAGUUAGGUCCAGCAUUUACUGUCCUUACUGAAGAUAAAUAAUAUAAAUUUAAUAUGUACUGUCCGAGAUAAUUUGAAAAUGUUCUGGAUUGAGUAUGUUUAAGCCUGGUUGCCAUAAAAGUGCUACGGCAUAGCGAAUCUUAGCGAGUUUAUGGAAACCUUUAAAAUUGUUGAUCAUGCUCACUACUUGGCCUAGAAUAUAGAAUAUCUCUAGCCCAAGAUUGCUUCUCCCUGCCAGGCCUACCUUUGAUAGUAUCGUUGGUGGAGUAGGUCUACAUAUUGUAAAGAAACUAUAGUUUAUUCAUGGAAUGAUAAACUGUUUAAACAACUAGGCCCAGUGCAUUAGUUUUCUAUUUAAAAAUAUCUUUAAAUUCUUGUAUGACCUUGUCAUACAAGCAGGGGUGGAUCCAAAAUUUUUACAAAUGUGGGAAGGGGGUUCACACAACAUUUUCUGAAUAUAUAAGUGAGUAGCGCUAUCUGGAGAUUUAUAAAUAGUAAAAAUUGAAUUACACUAAUUUUUUUAAUUUGAAUAUUUAUUGCAAUUCGUUGAAGCUGUUUUAAAUUAUUCCUCUGUGCAUAAUUUAUCAGAAAUAUAUUUAUAUAUUUUUGGAACACAAUAUAUAAUUAAAAUAAUAAUAAAUUUCUUUGUAUAUAAUUUUUAACACCCACAGUUAUCAUAUUUGUUUU